UACAAAAAAUGGCAACAGCAGCAUAUGUGGAUCAUUUUGCAGCAGAGUGCCUUGUUUCUAUGUCCAGUCGUGCCGUUAUCCACAGUCCCAAAGGGGAGCCUGAUCCCCAACUUGAUGCAGCAAUACCUCCUUCAUCAAAUGGAGAAGAUAAGCGGGAAAUCAGAGAAACCGGGAAAGACAAUGGAUCAACAUUACUGGUGGUAGCUAGCAUUUUAGCAGAUCUGAACCAGCAUGUCCCAAACUCACCUGCUCUAGGGAUGGAAGAACCUGAGACCUUUGAUGUCACAGAACAAAUACACAUUUCUAUGGUUCCUAAGGAGUUUGGGGAAGAAAGUGUGUCUUCGGCUGGUAAGCGUGGAGGAGGAAGAGCGGCCACACCUACUAGCCUGGCUGCAGUAACUGAGCCAAGCCCCAGACAAAAGAACAAACGCACGAGAAGCUGGACUGACCCUGGAUCACCCCAGAAAAAGCACAAAUGCCACUAUGUGGGGUGUGAAAAAGUUUAUGGCAAAUCUUCCCAUCUUAAAGCUCAUCUAAGGACCCACACAGGUGAACGGCCUUUUGAAUGCAACUGGCAAGGGUGUAACAAGAAGUUUGCUCGCUCGGAUGAGCUGGCCCGUCACUACCGCACCCACACUGGAGAGAAGAAGUUCAGCUGUCCACUCUGCGAGAAGCGCUUCAUGCGCAGCGACCACCUCACGAAGCACGCCCGCCGCCACGCCAACUUCCACCCAAGCAUGCUCAAGAGGCGAAGCGGAAGCAGCUCAAGAACAGGGUCUGUCAGUGACUACAGCCGCUCCGAUGCCUCAAGUCCAGCAAUUAGCCCUGCCAGCUCCCCAUAGACCUACCUGCACUGGAUGUCAGCACUUUGCCUCUAAUACCUAAUGUGGAGUUUUGUUUGUGUUGCACACAUUUAAAAAACUCUGUUGCUUCCCAUCCUCAGCUCCCCACCCGCCUUUGGUUUUAAUAGCUGCCUCCCACUGCAAUUUCCAGUCAAAUUUUCUUUAUCCAACCACACAAGUGGCUAUUCUAACCUCAUGGACAGACUUACACGUUACACUUAAUGACUCCUGCUGUCUCAAUAUUUCAUACAUUUUGCAACCAUUUACAGAUCCUCUUGAUUAUUCUUUAUAAGAAAAUGAGAAAAUCUAAAAAAAAAAAAUAAUCCCCACUUAAUUCACCUCAGGUGUCAAAGUAGUUUUUUAAGACCUGAUUGCACAACAUGAGCAUACAUACACUUACAAAUCAACUGUGUUGGAUUUUGUCCCCCUUCUCCUUUCUCAGGGAUGGAUAUUUAUAUUACACAAUAAUUACAAUGAAGACACACCCUAACCGCAGCCUUACUUUGUAAAUAUAUUUGCACUCAGAAGCUUUUUGUUAGGUUCUUGCACACACUGGGGAAAAACAACAAACAAACAAAAAACAAUACAAAACCCAAACCAGUACUGGAAUGUCCUACCAGACUCUUCCAUUGCUUGUUUUCCUGAUUACAUACAUUGGGGAGUGUCCAAACUGGAGUCCUGUCUUUCUUCAGGCUGGCCUAUGCUUUUGAUAGCGAGCCAUCUUUUCACUUCAUGCUGAAGAUGCUCCAAUCCUAUUGCAAAAAUCUCUGUGAGGUUGAUAAACUUGUUUGUUUCAUGCUAGAUAAAAUUCUGAGAAAAAAAAAAUCUAAAUUAGAUGCCUUAAGUAAAUAACCUAAAUCACGAGGAAGCAUUUUACACUGGGCAACUUUUGAUUGCAAGGUGGCAUGGAAUCUCAGAGGCAUUCUGUUGUCACUCUCUCCAAGUUGUAAGCUCUCUGCACUGCCUGUUCAGUAUGGGACCAACAGAAUAUUCAAAGCAGACAGAAAUCAAACCACACUGACUUCUUGAUUCUUUUUUUUUUUUUUAAUGAACUGUGGAACUAGCAUAACUGAACCUAUGCCCACCAAAACUUUCAUCAAGGUACUUACCUACUGUACAGCUGUAUCUUAGGAAGACAGAUUGGUUAAGACAUAGUUUCUGUAUCCUGUUUCAUCGCCACCACUGUCACUGAUAAAAAGAGGUGAAAAUCAUAAGGUAUCUUGUGACUGGAAAAAUAAAAUAUGCAUUUUAAAGUUUUAAAAGAAAAUGACAACAUUUUAUCUCAGCACUACUGCAAGUUUCUCAAAAAUACACAUACCAGCAUAAAGUAAGGUGCUGUCAUUUCCCAAAAAGUGCUUAAUAAUAAGAAGGGAAUUUUGGCUAGUUUUCAGUAACUUUCAAACCUUUGACACACGAUAGAGCACUAGGAGGUAGAUUUUAAUGUUCGUUAUGGUAGAAAACACAAUAAAAGACCAGGAGCAUUGUGAAGUCCUGGAGACCCCACUGGCAGCAAAUACACUUUCACUGUGUCCGAUGGUGUAUAUUAUAAAUUCAGGCCCUUUCAAUACUGGAUUUUUUUGGGUUUCUUUGUUUUUACUGUAGGGCAUAAAUGCAGUUAAGUGUAGCAUGGUGAAAAAAAACUCCCUACGCCACACCUGCCAUUUGAUAUGAAGUGAAUGCUUCCAGAUUCCAAAUGAACCUGUAUCUUACUUGCUGCUUUGCAUUGAUCCAAUUUCGCAAGUUUUUAUUGUACUGUAUAUUAACUGUGAGAAGCUAAUAUAGAUUUCCAAGUAGUUUCAUAGGUACUUCCAUAAUAUUUACAUUAUUCCUAAUACUACACAUUCUAUUAGUUGUAUGGAUAAAUACUUAAAGACAGUUCAAAGUGCAGAUAUUUUAGCUUUUUUUUUCAUGCUCCUUUGCUUCAGAUUUCACCUCUGUAAACCCACAGUUUUUCCUUGAAGUCAUGUAAGGCAUAAUUCUACUGCUUCAUUUUACAGAAAACAAAAGCACAUCAUAAGGGUUUUACUGCAAGACAACAAAUAUUGUUGAGUUUGUGUGAUGAGUUGCCUGACCACUGUGAGUUAGGGGAAAGCCAGAUCUGCUUGUCUCCAUAGAUACCCUCUUUUCUUGUUUUCCUUUUCAAAAAAUGUCACCUACUGAGAUAACACAAUUUCAACAACUUGAUACAAUUCAGGUAACAGGAAUUCACAUUCCAGUCAUUUCUGUGACUGCUAAAAGUGCUCUUGUGCUGUAGCUAGUGAAGAGGCAUUUCAGCUAUCUAGCUAAAGGAAUUCUACAGGUCAGCUGUGUCUUGUGCGCAUACUUUGAAACAAGUCAUAAACAUAUUUAUCAUUAUACCCUAACAGAGGAAUGGGAGUAACACAACCAUGGCAGUAACACAACUUCAGCAAAAAUCAUGGGCUUCAUGUUCUGAAUUCAGUUUGUUGUAAAAUCAUCUUUUCCAACAAGAGCAUCAUUUAAUCUUUAUCAAAGGAGGAACCACUUUAGUCCAUUUACUGAGGGCAUAAUAACUCUGCAUGAGUCAGUAGGUGCAUUACAGAAAACUUGGUUUAAUAGCCUGGAGAAAGAAUAUUUGCACCAGGUUUUAUUAGCACUGAGAUUAUGGGACAACCUAUCCUGAGUGACUAAGAACUAUGUAAUCUUCAGCUCAAACAGUAGACUAAGCAUUUUAUGUGUAUUCCUCAUAGAAACUACUAAGAAUUCUCCAAAUUUGAACCAAAAAAAAAAAAAAGAGUUCAAAGUCAAAUUUCCAGUUCAGCCAGUUCAUCCAGUGAGAAGGCUGGGCCUGUGCAUAGCAGCAUUGCUGCACUGUCAGGGAAUUUGCUGAAAUCUGUCAGUUAAACUUUCAUUUACACCUUAGCUUUAAGUACCUCAGAGUGUGUAAAGGCUGACAGUCACACUGCUGUGUUUUAAAAUCCUACCUAGAGUUUCAAAUUAGAGUUUCGUUACAAGUUUGAUACAUGAUAGCUUAAGGAUAAAAUAAUGAAUUCCAAACUACUAGUAGUUUCCAAGACUGAAUGUGAACAAAACUUCUCUUAAUUAGUUCCGUAUGGAAAUAGAGUGUUUGGGGUUUUCUACAUCUGCUGGUACCUAGGAAAGAAGCAGAAGCACCAGCAAGGUGGUAAGACUCCAUUCUGUGCUUCACAAAUACGAGAAGUUUGAACAGCUCAAAUGGUGUAAAUCUGCGUGCUUAUCCAAACUAACCUCAGAUUUUUACCCUUCUGUUGUUUCACCCAGCACUGUGAGCUCAGUCUCCUGGCACUGCAACAAAACACUGCACACUCGGGAAAUGCUGCUCUGGCAAGGUGCAGAUUUCUUCCCAGUCCUCCCCGUUUGGAGGGGUAUGCAUCUCUCCUCCUGCCUCCUCCUUUCCCUAUGCAAUAUGUUAAGGUGAAUCCCCACAAACUACAAAAUUGCCCUAAUUUUAUUUUCCUUUAAAUUUCAGAAUAUAAAGCCAAGUUUAUUGUUAUUAAGAAAGCCCUGAAAAUUUGUUUGUGUUACUCCAACCAUAAUUUCUUCCUCUCUAAAAGUUGAGCUUAUCUGCCUUGCUGUAUGAAAUGGGUGCAGUCAAAAUAAUCACUACCGCAAUGCAAAUGAAACUAAAGACACUCUUAGAAGCUCAUUCACCCCUUCCACUAACCUCAUCCUCUGCAAAGGCCUAAAGUGCAUUAAUGGCCACGUAAAUUCAGUUUUUAUCCUGAUUCUUAGAAAACAGUCCUGGUAAACUCCUGGCAGCUAGAUUUUAUUGAGAGAAUUGUUUAUACCUGCAGACUAAUUGUUCCUUGCUUAUAUAAUAUACACAUAUUAUCUGUUUACAUAACUGCAAAGGUAUGUAUUUUUAUCAAGUCAUCAGAAGUCUCUGAUGGUAACACCUAACUCAUGUACGUAUCCUACCCUCUUCACUGCACUAACCCUUGCAAUAACUUUCAGCUGUGAGAGCCUCUACACCUUUAAAACCUCAUUACCUUCUGUGCAGCUGUUCAGUGAUUUCCAUGGUUCAUGCAGCCAGGCAGUACGAGGCUGUGUAAGGAGCUUACCUAUUUCUCGCUAUUCACGGUCACAACUGCUUUUUUCCAGCAGAAUCUGUACUGUGUGAAGUACAUUUUUGUUUUGGGGAACAUGGUCUGUGAAGAAAGAGUAAGGAAAAUGAACUCUGCAUACUUUAAGCUUACCUUUUCAUUGCCAUUUAAUUUACUAAUUUCAUAAGGUAAUGCCAACAGACCGACUUUCAGGUGCUCUUUUACUCUCUCACACCACACAUUUGUGCAUUAGGUGCUAACAUACAGUCUAUGUCAGUGAAUGGUAUGAUGAACGUCUGUAUUUUUAACUCUUCUGGGAUAAAGCUAUAUCUCCUAAGGCAGAAGAAAAUAGCAGAAUUAUACUUGUUUACCCCAUAAGCCAGAAUAUAAAAUGCAAAAGCCUAUUCAGUGGUAUAGGGGGUUUUAUAUAUAAAUAUCUAUAUCUAUGGAUUUAUAAGCAUAUGCACAUAUAUAAAAAUACGUAUAUAUGUGUAUAUUGCAUAGCACGUGUGCGUAUACAUAAAUACACAGCAAUGUGAUGUGUAUACACUACACGCCAAAUAAUUAAGGGAUGUCUACAGAGCAAAAAUAGGUAUCCAUUUCAUUAGAACUAGUGAUGGGGCUGAACCAAAAUCCUAGAUCCAAAUGCCACUGCAUUUGGAAAGUGUGAACCUGUGUUUUGAGAUUUGUGGUUGAGUUCCAUCUCUGGUCACAGCUGCAGUUAUGUGUGUAUAUAUACAUUCUGGGGUUGUGUGUGCGUGCAUGUGUGUGCUUCUUCACAAGCACAUGCCUGUGUGGGUGACAGGAAUAUAUGUGCCAGUAAGUGUGCAUGGGUUUACAUAUAUACUUCCAGCUUUGGUGAACUAUGAUGUUGCUGUGUCAUCUUCACCUGUACAGUUUUAUCAGCAGCACGUGAAUGCUUCCUUGGGUCACUUUGCAACUCUGUAAAUCACUACAUUGAAGUAUUAAAGUUGUACAGUUAUACAUUCAUCUAUUCUUGCUCUGCUGUAACUUUUUAUGUAUUUUGUACCGCAUAGAUUAUAUAUUGUGAUAAUGUCCUAUGCAACAACAGCAAAGAAGGGAAAAAAAAGGAAAAAAAGAAGAAAAUUAACAGCUGUAAAAUAUCGUCUUAACUUGUAUGCAUGGUUAGUGACGUUUACAUUUCCCAAAAUAAAACAUAACUAUGAAAUACCU